UGUAGCUGUCAGCAGAGUGAGGCGGAUCAUCAGAGACGAUUAAAGUUCCAGCAGUGCAUGUAGUCAUCCGGUGAGCUCCACCUUCGUCAGCUGAUGAAGACAUUAAUGCAUCAAUCAUACAUAUUCUUCUGGUAUUUCUGAGAAAAGAAGCAAACAAGAAGAAGAGAAGAUGAAGAACAAAGUCAGCAGCACUCAAGUGAGUGUAAAGAAACGAUCCUGGUCCUGGCAGCAGUACCUGAAUGAACAGAAAGCUGAAGCUGCUCCUGUGUCACUGUUUAUACAGUCCCAGUCUUUUCCCAGUAGGAGGACUGGUUUUAAAGUUGGGAUGAAGCUGGAGGGUGUUGACCCCCUGCACCCCUCCAUGUUCUGUGUGCUGACAAUUGCUGAGAUCAUUGGCUGCCGGCUCCGUCUCCAUAUCGACGGAUACUCAGAGUGCUAUGACUUCUGGGUAAACGCUGACUCAACAGACAUCAGAUCAGCAGGCUGGUGUAAAGACAAUAACCACAAGCUCCAUCCACCCAAAGGUCACAGUGAGACAGAGUUUGAUUGGCCACUCUACCUUCAGUCCUCAGGCUCUCAUGCUGCUCCACCGACCCUGUUCUCCAGUCACACUGCAAGCUGUGAGUUCAGGGUGGGGAUGAAGUUGGAGGCGGUUGACAGGAAGAACCCUGGACUCGUCUGUGUCGCCUCCGUCACUGAUGUCAUUGACGACCGCUUCCUGGUUCACUUCGACAACUGGGAUGACACAUACGACUACUGGUGUGACAGCAGCAGUCCAUAUAUCCAUCCUGUGGGCUGGUGUGAAGAACAGGGGAGACCUCUGACCGCUCCACAGGGUCAUCCUAACCCAGAGAACUUUGUGUGGGAAGAAUACCUGCUUGAAACUGGUUCCAUCGCUGCUCCCAGUUCAGCGUUCACCCUGAGAGCUCCACAUGGUUUCCUGGUAAACCAGAAACUUGAGGCAGUUGACAGGAGGAACCCCAUGUUGAUCCGCGCUGCCACGAUAACAGCUACAGAAGACUACAGGGUGAAGGUUCAUUAUGACGGCUGGUCGAAGCAAUUUGAUGUUUGGUGUGACAGCGACCUCUGUGACCUUCAUCCUGUCGGCUGGUGUCAGCGAACAGGACACCCACUGGAACCCCCCCCAGGUUUGUCCCCCCUGUCCUCCCCCUCUCAGGGUGUCUGUCCCACUCCGGGCUGCAGAGGAGUUGGACACAUUAAAGGAGCCAAAUAUACCGGACACCACAGUGCCUUCGGCUGUCCAUACUCAGACAUUAAUAUGCGUAAGGAGGUGGUGCUUCCUGAUAGACUUGGAGGAGAGAGAGUCAUCACCCUUGUUCCUGUCACCAUAUAUCACCAUGGCGGCGAGUCAGACAGAAGUGUUCAGGUGAAGACAGAGCCCGGAGACGAGACACUGCUGCUUCCUCUGGGAAAGAGAAGAAGACUGACAGACAGACUGUCUCAGCCAACCAAAUUCCUGCGUGUGAAACAGGAAGAGGAGGAGCUUCACCUUGGAGCCCUCGGUCCAGCAGCAGCGGAGUCCAGUCUGCAGGCCGCCCUCCACCAGUCCGUCUUCCUGUCGGCCAUGUCGGCGCAGCCCGGCCGUGACCUGUCGCUCUGCUGGGAGCAACACCGCAAACUCCUGCCAGGGGUCGCUGGAGUCCACGCCGAGACUGUCCAACACUGGAGCAUCCAGCAGGUGUCAGACUUCAUUGAGUCUCUUCCUGGCUGUGAGGAACAGGCCAAACAAUUCAGAGAUGAGCAAAUCGAUGGGCGGGCCUUCCUCCUACUCACCCAACGGGACAUUGUCAGGAUCAUGUCAAUCAAACUUGGUCCUGCCCUCAAAAUCUACAACUCCAUCCUGAUGUUCAAACAUGCCAGGGACAGGAGCCAAUCAUAUACCAAGGACAAGAGCCAAUCACAUCCUGAGGACUGGAGUCAGUCACAUGCUGAGGACAGGAGCCAAUCACACUCUGAGGACAGCAGCCAAUCACAUACAGAGGAAUCACAUACAAUACUUGACACCUGAAACUCGUGACUGAGCCAAUCCAGACACAUCGAUUGAUGCCCCAACUUCAACAAUCCCCUCCCCCUCUGCUCUGAGGGAGGGUCUUCAUUUUCCAUCCAAUUAUCCUUCAGAUGCUCAGGUGCAUUUGUCAGCAGGUAGGUGUCGGUCACGUGACGUCGUGUUGGACUGUCACCACAAAGAAAAAAGAGACAAGUUCAGAAUGUUUGUUGACGUUGUCGCUCUGUCACUUCACCUGAGAACACCUGAGCUCCACUUCAGGUUCUACCUCUUUGAAGGGACAGGGCUUCACGCGAGUCCUUCAGGAGACUCACAAAACCAGGACCAGUGUGCAAAGGCUUCUUGGACUGUGAUGGUGCCUUCACACUGGACAGGCAGGGAGCCUGAAACGGGUCUCAGCUGUGAAUCCUGAUGUUUCCUCUGUGACGUUAGCUCCUGAAAUCAUUGUCAAACACAGAAAGUCUUUGACGAUCUCGAUAAAGUGUCGGAGGUUUCCACAAAGAGUUUGUCCUGGAUGAAAACGUGGCUGCUGUCACCUGAUUGGCUGAACCUUUUAAAAAAACUGAAACACCCACAUGAAAUUAAUCCAGAAUUCUUGAAGUUCACAUUAAAUUUUCUUAACGUCUCCGUCAGUCUCCUCGGUCAUGAACAGUUUUUUAAUCAUUAAUGAGAGAAGAUGUUUCUGUGUUUCCUACGUCUCCGUAUCAUCAAAGCAACAACAGAAUCAGGUCAACAGAAGAACAAAAUGAGACAUGAACAACAAUCUCAUGAAUAAAAUGUUAAUAAAAGGAAAUCAGAGAAGGAGAUUUUAGUGCAGAAUGUAUGUCCAAAGGCACAUUUAUUCACUAAACAAAGACACAUCUCUUGUCUCAUAAUGACCAAAAGUCUCUUUACAAAAUGACUUAAAAUUAGGAGAAAACAAUCUCACACUUGCAUGAGAAUGUCUUUAAAAAUCUCAAAAACAGCUGAAAAUAUUUUAAUAAUUGCGAUUAAAAUAUCUGAUAAUUGUAAGAAAAUCAUGAUUCAUGAGUCUUGUAAUCAGAAGAAAAAAGCUCUACUUGUGAGAUCACUUCCUGUCUUCGUACGAUGAUCUGAAGAUCUGUUGACUUCUCUGCUCUUCUUCUCCUCUUCUAUCAAAGUUACAGCCUGUUUUUUAACGAAUGUAGGGCUCAUGAAUAAACUCCACAAAGAUCUGAAACAGGAAGCAGAUGAUGACCUCACACUGUGGCUCCGCCUCCACUAUGAUGUCAUUUCCACCUCAAGUAUUGUCUUUGUUCCUCUCACGAUCUUCCUGAAGGGUGGAAACAUUUUCAGUCAAACCUUUUUUUAAAGACUCUCCUCAUUUUUGACUUUAAUAGUGACAUCAUCCCUCCCUGUGAUUGGUCAGUUUAUGACAUUAGUUCUAAAGACGCUGACAUUAGCUUUCUGAAAGGAUCUUUCUAAGAAUUUUAAAUAGUUCUCCUGGUUGACAAACAUUUUUAUUGAGCUCAGUUUUAAUUCCAGAGUUUCUAAUUUUAUUCUCUAUGAUGUUAUGAAGAGUAUCUAUUGUUAUCUACUGUUUCUGUAGAGAUUUCUAUUUUAAAGUUUAUAUAUAAGUAUAUAUUUGUAUUUCCGUCUCUCUGCCUCAGUCUGUCCUGCUGAGACUCAAACCAACAGCCUGUCAGGAAGUCUGAUUUUGUUGUGACUCCUCCUCUGCAGUGAUGUCACUGUGAUGUCACAGUGGGCCUCACAGGGGGUGCUCUGCAGCACACGCUCACUUUGUGACACCAGUUUCUAAACAGCAAGCAGCUCCCUCAGGUCCAGGUUGUUCUAACGUUCCCAACAAUCUGCUGAUUUUUCUUGGCUGUUUCUGUCCGUGUUUUAUGAGAUUAAUAAAGUUUCUG